UCCAGGCUCUCACUUCCCCAGCUGCUGACGUCAGCUGGCAGCCUGGGCUGUGCUCGCCGCUCCGGACAUAGCGCCGAGAAAAAUGCUGCUCUCCGUACCGCCAAGGGCAGGAAUCAACCCAUACAACGGCUAUAACAGCAGAAACAGCAAAAAGCAGACCUAUGUGUCCUCCGGCCACCAGAUGGCACCCCCCAGUCCCAACACCAACAGUAGUAGCAACAGCAGUGGCGGUGGAGGGGAACAGCUGAGCAAAACCAAUCUGUAUAUUCGCGGCCUCCAUCCGGGGACCACGGACCAAGAUCUGGUCAAGCUCUGCCAACCGUAUGGCAAAAUUGUGUCGACCAAGGCCAUCUUGGACAAAACUACCAACAAAUGUAAAGGCUAUGGCUUUGUGGAUUUCGACAGUCCAGCAGCAGCACAGAAAGCUGUUACAGCUCUGAAAUCCACUGGGGUCCAGGCUCAGAUGGCUAAGCAACAGGAGCAGGACCCCACCAACCUCUACAUCUCCAACCUGCCCGUGUCUAUGGAUGAGCAAGAGCUGGAGAGCAUGCUCAAGUCUUUUGGCCAGGUCAUUUCUACCCGCAUCCUCCGAGAUGCUAAUGGGACCAGCCGCGGCGUCGGAUUUGCCAGGAUGGAAUCCACGGAGAAGUGCGAGGCCAUAAUUCAGCAUUUCAAUGGCAAAUUCAUCAAGACUCCACCAGGAAUACCCGUGCCCACAGAGCCCUUAUUAUGUAAGUUUGCAGACGGAGGUCAGAAGAAGAGGCAGAACCAGAGCAAAUAUCUCCAAAAUGGAAGACCUUGGGCUAGAGACGGAGAUACGGGAGGAAUGACGCUUGCGUAUGACCCCACAGCCUUACAAAAUGGCUUCUACUCCUCACCUUACAGUCUGGCUCCAAAUCGAAUGAUUGCUCAGACUUCCCUCUCUCCCUACAUGCAUUCUCCUGUCUCAUCCUACCAGGUACACAACCCGUCCUGGAUGCACCAUCAGUCAUACCUCAUGCAGCCAGCUGGUACAGUUAUUACCCCAACAAUGGAACACGCCAUGUCCAUCCAGCCCACAUCCAUGAUGGGACCUCUCACCCAGCAACUAAGCCACCUGUCUCUGGGCAGCACAGGCACAUAUAUUCCGGCCAAUACAACUAUGCAGGGGACCUACAUCCCCCAGUACACCCCAGUGCCUCCUUCCAGCGUCCCAGUAGAGGAAAACGGUGGCCAGCAGCAGCAGGUUGCAAUGGAGACUCCUACAGAACACACAAACUACUCAUACCAACACACCAAGUAAAGCUAAGGCAGCUCCCGGCAGGGUGGGGCCGAGGCUGCGAAAUGAAUCCAACCGAACAGGAUUCAGCUGGAAGAGAUCUGUGCUCCAUACCAUCACCAAGCAACCCGACUUGAACAUGGAUGACAAAAGGAACACGUGUAUGCCUGUGAGUGUGUUUGUUUGUGUGCGUGCCUGUGUGUUUGUCUGUUGUUUGUCUAUUUCUGUGU